UCGCUCUGCCCUUCUCAGUUGUCACCGCCCACAAUCCCCGUCCCCGGCAUCGCCGAACGGUCACAUCAGUCGGCCACGGGCGCACGGGCGCGGCGUGAGCCAAAACAAAACCCAACCCCCACCGCCGCGGGGCAAGAAGGACCAGGCGGCGGGCGAGCAGGAGGGGAGGAAUGGCGGGCGCGGCGGGGCGGAAGAAGCGGGUGGGCCGCUACGAGGUGGGCCGGACCAUCGGCCAGGGCACCUUCGCCAAGGUCAAGUUCGCCGUCGACGCCGACACCGGCGCGGCCGUCGCCAUGAAGGUGCUCGACAAGGAGACCAUCUUCACCCACCGCAUGCUCCACCAGAUCAAAAGGGAAAUAUCAAUCAUGAAGAUUGUUAGACAUCCCAACAUAGUAAGGCUUAAUGAGGUGUUGGCUGGAAAGACAAAGAUAUACAUAAUCUUGGAACUUGUCACUGGAGGUGAACUGUUUGAUAAAAUAGCCCGCCAUGGGAAGCUACGUGAGAAUGAAGCCAGGAAGUAUUUCCAGCAGCUUAUUGAUGCCAUUGAUUAUUGCCACAGCAAAGGAGUUUAUCAUAGGGAUUUGAAGCCUGAAAAUCUGCUUCUUGACUCACGUGGAAACUUAAAAGUUUCUGAUUUUGGACUUAGCACACUGUCUCAGAAUGGAGUAGGCCUCCUUCACACGACAUGUGGAACUCCAAAUUAUGUUGCUCCUGAGGUGCUAGGUAGCAAUGGAUAUGCCGGAUCUGCAGCAGACAUUUGGUCAUGUGGUGUCAUUCUUUAUGUUUUAAUGGCUGGUUACCUUCCCUUUGAGGAGAAUGACCUUCCAAGUUUGUAUGAAAAGAUAACUGCAGCUCAAUACUCAUGCCCAUAUUGGUUCUCUCCAGGAGCCAAGUCAUUGAUCCAGAGAAUACUUGAUCCAAAUCCAAGAACUCGUAUCACUAUUGAAGAAAUAAGAGCAGACCCAUGGUUUGGGAAGAACUAUGUAGCUAUUAGACGUGGUGAAGAUGAAAAUGUCAGCCUGGAUGAUGUUCAAGCUGUUUUUGACAAUAUUGAGGACAAGUAUGUAUCUGAGGAAGUAACUCACAAGGAUGGUGGUCCUCUUAUGAUGAAUGCCUUUGAGAUGAUUACACUAUCUCAAGGUUUGGAUCUCUCAGCAUUGUUUGAUAGGCAACAGGAGUUUGUCAAGCGCCAAACACGUUUUGUCUCAAGAAAACCAGCCAAGACUAUAGUAGCUACAAUUGAAGUUGUUGCUGAGUCAAUGGGUCUCAAGGUCCACUCCCAGAAUUACAAGCUGCGGCUUGAAGGUGCAGCAUCAAACAGAAUGAGCCAAUUCGCUGUUGUUCUAGAGGUUUUUGAAGUUGCCCCUUCUCUGUUCAUGGUUGAUGUUCGAAAGGUUGCUGGUGAUACUCUGGAAUACCACAGGUUUUACAAGAACCUAUGCAGCAAACUUGACAGCAUAAUCUGGAGGCCAACCGAAGUUUCUGCGAAAUCUACGCUGCUGAGGACGACCACAUGCUAGCCCAAGCACUGAGCUACUGAUGGAGUGACACCAGCUGCUGAGGAAGACCACUUGCUGGGUCACUGUAGUGGCACCAACAAGAGACGUGAUUCCUAGCCGUCAGAAGAGGGGGAGCUUCUGUUAAAUCUAGCAUUGCUCGUGGACCUGGGAUUCGUGAUGGUUUUUGCAGCUGCUUUCGCAGGCGAUGUAUGUACCAUAGUUGAGUCUUUAUUAGAUCAGACGAGGCGGCUUACAACACUAGUUGUUUGUAUAUUUGUAGUAAUGGUAUUGGAGAUAGUCUGUAUAGCUCCAGUUGUGCAGCUGUAUGUAGCAGGAACCUGAAUGUCAGGUCGAAUCGUUGUUUGCAUCCAGUAAACAAGAUGGCUCAUGUGAUCAACUGAUCAUGCCACCAAAUGCCAGAUCUUGUAAAUAUCUGAAGGACUGAAGGAUGCAACACUCUCUAUAUAGUGACUACAUCUGACAUCUGAGGCAAAUUUCUGCCCCUACACUAUGACAUUUU